UUUCCAACAGUCCCUGAACGCAGCUUAUCCCUUGACUGGUUAUCAGCAUGGAAAGAAAAGUACUCGCGAUGCAAGCAAGGAAGAAGAGGACAAAGCCGAGGAAACCUGGUAAAAAACCAGAGCCUCAUGGUCGUGGAGGCGGCUCUCAGCAGGGUCAGGCAGACUCUCCCCUCCCAGAGCAGGAUGAGGAGAUCCUGGGCUCUGAUGACGACGAGCAGGAGGACCCCAACGACUACUGCAGGGGUGGAUAUCAUCAUGUGAAGAUUGGAGAUCUGUUCAACGGGAGAUACCAUGUGAUCCGUAAGCUGGGCUGGGGGCACUUCUCCACUGUGUGGCUGGCCUGGGACAUCCAGGAGAAGCGCUUUGUAGCCAUGAAGGUUGUAAAAAGUGCUGAACAUUACACCGAGACGGCUCUGGAUGAGAUCAAGCUGCUCAAAUCUGUCAGAAACACAGAUCCCAGUGACCCUAACAGAGAGAAAGUGGUGCAGCUGCUCGACGACUUCAAAAUUUCCGGCAUGAAUGGAACUCAUGUGUGUAUGGUAUUUGAGGUACUGGGCUACCACCUUCUGAAGUGGAUUAUUAAGUCAAAUUAUCAAGGCCUGCCCUCACCCUGUGUUAAAAGCAUCAUACAACAGGUUCUGCAGGGUUUAGACUACCUCCACACCAAGUGUAAGAUCAUCCACACAGACAUCAAACCAGAGAACAUCCUGCUGACUGUCAAUGAGCCCUACAUCAAGAAGAUGGCUGCUGAAGCGACGCAGUGGCAGAAGACCGGCGCUGCGCCUCCCUCGGGUUCUGCAGUGAGCACAGCCCCAGCUCCCAAACCAAUGGCCAAAAUGUCAAAGAACAAAAAGAAGAAGAUGAAGAAGAAGCAAAAAAAGCAGGCAGAGCUACUAGAGAAGAGGAUCCAGGAGAUGGAGGGGGGAGUGGUGCCUGAUGCUGGAGAAGAGGAGGAUGAUGAGGAGACAACAGAGACCACAGAAGAUACAACUUCCUCGGCCACCCUCUCUAUGUCUGUCACACUGCAGGACAUUGCAAGCCAUACUAACUCAGAUUCGACUCCUGACGAGCAGCCCCAGCAAAUACCAGACGCGAGUGAGCCAAAAGAGGACGCUCCGGAGGAGGAGAACACAAUGGAAGUCAAUUGCAACGGCCACACUUCCACACCGGAGAACAAAACCAGUCAAGAGGUACAAGGGAUUACUAAACAGUCUACAGAGGAACAGGAGGACCAACAGAAUGCAAACCAACCAGAAAGCAACACAGGGACCUGCGACACAUUAUGUAUCAAAGAGGAACACGAGACCUGUAACGGAUCACAAGAGGACCCCGACACCAACCUCCAGCAACUUCCUGCUACCCUCAGUCCAGACUCUGUCACUGUGGAGUUGAAGGCGGGAGACAAAGAGGAGAAGAAGGAGGAGGAGAUGGACACUCAGGGGGAGACCAAAAGAGGGAACGAAGAAGAGGAAAGCCUGAAUGGAGCAUCAGGGAGUAUGUUAGUAAACCCCCUGGAGCCUCUCAAUGCUGACAAGCUGCAGGUUAAGAUCGCUGACCUUGGCAAUGCCUGCUGGGUGCAUAAACACUUCACAGAUGACAUCCAGACACGGCAAUAUCGCUCUCUUGAGGUGCUGAUGGGAGCCGGCUACAGCACGCCAGCAGACAUCUGGAGCACAGCCUGCAUGGCCUUCGAACUUGCUACUGGAGAUUAUCUGUUUGAACCCCACUCUGGAGAAGACUACUCCAGAGAUGAAGAUCACAUAGCGCUGAUCAUCGAGCUGUUAGGUAAAGUUCCACGGAAGCUCAUCAUUGCGGGCAAAUACUCCAAGGAGUUUUUCACCAAGAAAGGCGACCUGCGUCACAUCACCAAGCUGAAGCCUUGGGGGCUGUUUGACGUCUUGGUAGAAAAGUACGAGUGGUCCAAAGAGGAAGCCCACUCUUUCAGCAGCUUCCUGCUGCCCAUGCUGGACCUGGUCCCUGACAGGAGGGCCACCGCAGCCCAGUGCCUCUCCCAUCCAUGGCUCACAUCCUAGAGGCCACCCACGCACACCGCUCCCCUUAUACUGUGAAAGGCUAAAUUAGGUUUGAGGGCCCUGGGCUUGAAAACAUCAAGUAAACAAAUACACUCACGUCUGCAAGAACCUGUGACCGCAUUGUGCCUGCAGCCUAUUGUCUCGGCUCUCACAGGCCUUCCUACACACACCUGCAAGCAUCCAAACAAUAGAGAGAGACUGCUGCUGAGUCUUUGUCCUGUUAUGGAUUACACUGGUUAUAGAAGGAGCUAGAGGUCCUCUCCCUGUAUUUAUGGCUCUUUUUUUUUCUUUUUUUUUUACUUGGCUGCAUAGAACUUAUUGACUUUGCUUUCUUUAUGUUUUUUUUUCCUGACUUCAGCUCUUUGUCUGCUGCACAUUAUUCUCUGUAUUUUAGCUGUAGAUAAUGACCUGUCAGAUUUAAAAGGAAAUUGCACUUUUCUACAAAAUGCUGAAGGCAGGAUGCGAACAGAACCACAAAGAUGGCUUUUAUCAUAUAGAUCACUGAUGAGCCAAAUCUGUCAUCAUAUUAGGUGUGCCAGCUUUUUCGCCAUUGGCUUUAAACAGUGUGCAAAGUGCUCAGAAUUAAUACCUGCAUAUUGUUAACUGGAAUAAUGAGCAACUCGUAACCCUCUAAGCACUGUUAAGUUAGCUUUAACCAACAAAAAUAAACAACUUUUGUAUAUUUGUAUACAGACAGCACUACAGGAUUAGAAGGCAUAACAUUUCAUACAUUUUACACCAAGGAGAGAUUCAUCCAGAAUCGCACUCUGAGAACCAAACUGUUCAGAUUUUUUCCUCGUUAAAGGUGUUGUGUUUCGUUCCACUGUUUUUUUUAUGUCUUCAAAAAAAAAAAAGCACUUGGUACAAUGUAAUGUGAACCGAAAUCAGUUCCCUUCUCUUCUUUAUGCAUGUGUUGGCAGAAGACACCUUUGCCGAAUGCCAAUUCAUAUCUGCAUCACCACCUGCCUGUUAAGAAAGGCUCCACGAGGUGUUUCUCACAUUGUCACACAAAGUUCGGUGUACCAAAGAGUUGGCCUGUAGUUUGUCCCUCUCUGCAGCUAAAGCGGUGCAUAGUUUCUAAACAGUCUGCGGCGUUGAAGGCACAAUCUAAAAGGUUUGGGCAACAGUCUUUUUGUUUUUAUGUUACACAUUUUGGAAAUGGUUUGAAUUACUUUCAGGUGAUUUCCAAGCGAAUGAAAAAUAAAUCUUUGCUUCAAGUGUGCAAGAGCUUCUUCUUCACAUGGGGGUGUUGGAUUUAAAAAUAAUAGAUUGUACUAAAUGCAAAUAUUGUAAGAAUGCUUUGAAUCCCAGCAAAACCAUUUCCUUGUUUUUCUACAAAGUCUCUUCUGUCCGUGUCUCCCAUCUUCAUUUGAUAUUUUUUCUUCUGUAGGUAAUAAGAAUAAACAUUUUCCAAAAUCUA